CCGCCGGGGCCCCGGAAGUGCAUCUUCCUCUGACCCGGAAGACUCUCCCUGUCCCGUCCCCCUCCCCUCCGGCCUGGGUCACGUGGUGGGGGCGGCGGUGGCCGAGGCCCGGCCGGAGGAGGCAGCGGCGGUGGCUCGGGAGUAUAUAAAAUUUAAUCUCAUUCAUGAGUCGAACUUCCUUUUUAAGUCAUGGAUGACAAGGUCUCUGUUGGAAAAAUCAGUGUCUCUUCAGACUCGGUAUCCACUCUUAACAGUGAAGAUUUUGUCUUGGUUUCCAGGCAAGGGGAUGAAACGCCAUCUACAAAUAAUGGUAGUGAUGAUGAAAAAACAGGACUGAAGAUUGUAGGGAAUGGGAGUGAGCAGCAGCUGCAGAAAGAACUUGAAGAUAUACUGAUGGAUCCACCCAUGGAAGACCUGUCCAGUGACCGGGAACAUGGGGAAGAAAGCAGGACUGACGGAGAAGGGGAAGAUCCCAUCCUUCUUGAGGCUUCGGCAUCCUCUACCAUUAACCCGGUGUCGAUGACAGGACUCCAGAAACCUGAGAUGAGCCUGCCAGUGAAACCGACACAGGGAGAUUGUGAGGAGUCGAGCCCUUUUACCCCAGUGGCAGAUGAGGACAGUGUGGUGUUCAGCAAGCUUACCUACUUGGGCUGCGCCUCAGUGAACGCCCCCAGGAGCGAAGUGGAAGCCCUGAGAAUGAUGUCUAUCUUACGAAGCCAGUGCCAGAUUUCUUUAGAUGUGACCCUGUCAGUGCCUAAUGUGUCUGAAGGAACCGUGAGGCUCUUAGAUCCUCAAACACACACAGAAAUAGCAAAUUAUCCAAUCUAUAAAAUUCUCUUCUGUGUGCGAGGGCAUGAUGGGACUCCCGAGAGUGACUGCUUUGCUUUCACUGAAAGCCACUACAAUGCAGAACUGUUCAGGAUUCAUGUCUUCCGAUGUGAAAUUCAAGAAGCUGUGAGUCGAAUACUGUACAGUUUUGCCACUGCCUUCCGCCGUUCUGCCAAACAGACUCCGCUCUCAGCCACUGAAGCCCCACAGACUCCAGACAGCGAUAUUUUCACAUUCUCUGUAUCCCUGGAAAUCAAGGAAGAUGAUGGGAAAGGUUAUUUCAGUGCAGUUCCCAAAGACAAGGACAGACAAUGCUUUAAGCUCCGCCAAGGAAUUGAUAAGAAGAUUGUGAUUUACGUCCAACAGACAACUAAUAAAGAACUUGCCAUUGAGAGAUGUUUUGGCCUCCUCCUGAGCCCUGGGAAGGAUGUUCGGAGCGGUGACAUGCACCUUUUAGAUUUGGAGUCCAUGGGCAAAAGCUCUGAUGGGAAAUCGUAUGUCAUCACUGGGAGUUGGAAUCCAAAAUCUCCACAUUUCCAGAUUGUAAAUGAAGAAACUCCUAAAGAUAAAGUGCUAUUCAUGACUACAGCUGUUGAUUUGGUGAUAACUGAGGUUCAGGAACCUGUCCGAUUCCUUCUGGAGACCAAAGUCCGCGUUUGCUCACCUAAUGAGAGAUUGUUCUGGCCCUUUAGCAAACGUAGCUCCACUGAAAACUUUUUCCUAAAACUAAAACAGAUGAAACAAAAGGACAGGAAGAACAACACAGAUACGUUAUAUGAAGUUGUGUGUCUAGAAAGUGAAUCAGAAAGAGAGAGAAGAAAAACUACAGCAAGCCCCUCUAUUCGAUUGCCGCAGUCUGGGUCCCAGGGCUCAAUGAUUCCUUCCCCUCCAGAGGAUGACGAAGAGGAAGAUAAUGACGAGCCUCUCUUGAGUGGUUCUGGAGAUGUUUCCAAAGAGUGUGCUGAAAAAAUUCUUGAAACAUGGGGAGAUCUUCUGUCCAAAUGGCAUCUCAAUUUGAGUGUGAGGCCAAAGCCUUUGUCAGCGUUGGUGAGAAGUGGUGUUCCCGAGGCACUGAGAGGAGAGGUGUGGCAGCUGCUAGCAGGAUGUCAUAACAAUGACCACCUCGUGGAAAAGUACCGAAUUCUCAUCACAAAAGAGUCUCCCCAGGACAGCGCAAUCACUCGGGACAUCAAUCGCACGUUCCCAGCUCAUGAUUACUUUAAGGAUACCGGGGGAGAUGGCCAGGACUCCUUGUACAAAAUAUGCAAGGCCUAUUCCGUCUAUGAUGAAGAGAUUGGCUAUUGCCAAGGCCAGUCAUUUCUUGCUGCUGUGCUGCUUCUGCAUAUGCCUGAAGAGCAGGCGUUCAGUGUUCUGGUCAAAAUCAUGUUUGACUAUGGACUCAGGGAACUUUUCAAACAAAACUUUGAAGAUUUGCACUGCAAGUUUUAUCAGUUGGAGCGCCUCAUGCAGGAGUGCAUUCCUGACCUCUACAACCACUUUCUGGACAUCAGCCUUGAAGCCCACAUGUAUGCCUCCCAGUGGUUUCUAACCCUAUUCACUGCAAAAUUCCCCCUCUACAUGGUCUUCCAUAUUAUUGACUUGCUAUUAUGUGAGGGAAUAAGUGUUAUUUUUAAUGUUGCAUUGGGAUUAUUAAAAACUACCAAGGAUGACCUGUUAUUGACGGACUUUGAAGGGGCUUUAAAGUUCUUCCGUGUACAGCUGCCCAAGAGAUAUCGGUCAGAGGAAAAUGCAAAAAAGCUGAUGGAGUUAGCUUGCAAUAUGAAGAUUGGUCAGAAGAAGUUGAAGAAAUAUGAAAAGGAAUAUCAUACCAUGAGAGAGCAACAAGCACAACAGGAGGAUCCUAUAGAAAGAUUUGAGCGAGAGAACCGGCGACUGCAAGAAGCAAAUAUGAGGCUUGAACAAGAAAAUGAUGAUCUUGCCCAUGAACUGGUCACCAGCAAGAUUGCACUGCGGAAGGAUUUAGAUAAUGCAGAGGAAAAGGCGGAUGCGCUGAAUAAGGAAUUGCUAAUGACCAAACAGAAGUUAAUUGAUGCAGAAGAAGAAAAAAGGCGACUAGAAGAGGAGUCUGCUCAGCUGAAGGAAAUGUGUCGUAGGGAACUAGACAAGGCAGAGUCGGAGAUUAAAAAGAAUAGCUCUAUUAUUGGUGACUAUAAGCAGAUUUGCUCCCAGCUGAGCGAGCGACUGGAGAAGCAACAAACAGCAAAUAAAGCUGAAAUGGAGAAAAUACGGCAAAAAGUGGAUGACUGUGAACACUGCCGAGAGUUCUUCAAUAAAGAAGGACGUGUGAAGGUCGCCAGCUCUGCCAAGGAGGCUUCUGAUGAGGACACAGAUGAGGAAAAGGAGAGUCUGAAAAACCAGCUGAGGGAAAUGGAGCUUGAGCUGGCCCAAACCAAACUGCAGUUAGUCGAAGCAGAGUGUAAAAUACAGGAUCUGGAGCACCAUUUGGGCCUGGCGCUGAAUGAGGUACAAGCAGCAAAGAAGACUUGGUUCAACAGAACAAUAAGUUCUAUAAAAACAGUGACUGGUGUCCAAGGGAAAGAGACUUGUUGAAAAGCAAAACUCCGUCAAACACAGUUUUCUUAAUCACAAUACCUUUUGUUGCCUUCCGUGGCCAGAUGUUUAAAUCUGUGACAUGUGAGAGGACCAGAAUGUACAUAAAAUAGAAACACAGCAUGUCAGGAUUUCAAUAGGUCAGUGAUAAAGUGGAUGGAAACACAAAAAGAGGCUUUAUUGCUAGACACGGGAUCUUCAUACUACUGAUAUUUAACAGGUGAUGUAGCUAGAUUGACGCUCUUCAGAGAAACACUCCAUUCUGCGGUCUGGCUGGAGGCUUUUCACAGACUAGGUACGAGAACUUACCAAAUCCUAAUUGUUAAGUUUACAUACGAUAGAUUUUUUUACAGUUAGAAUAUUUUUUAAUAUUUUAUUUGAAAAUAAAGUGUCACUAACAAAGAAGAAAAUGACUCUUAGCAAAACUACAUCAGUGCCAGAAAGCAGUCCCCAAAGGUAGGAUUUGGAGAGAAGGAGGCGGCAGGCUUUGCUUUGUGAAGGGGGAUGGUUUCAGAGUUCUGGUUGGAGCAACCCCAUUUUGUUUUAAUACAUACCCUAUCCAUCUCUCUGUGUUCGGCAUUUCUUUCCGUGUUACUAAUCAAUUCUAUGCAACUCUGGGUUUUUUAGCAUGGGCUGCCAAAUGAAUUCACAAGCUGAGGUUGGGAGGCUUGUGGGAGAGCUGGAUAAGAAUAAUCAGAAUUCUUGGCAAAUUCUGUUUUACUUCUGUGUCAUAUUUUUUGAACCCCACACAUCAACAGCGUUUCAAUCCCCACACCAGGACUGCUAAUGUGUACUAAUUACGUGAAUGUUUGACUUUUAAUUAAGUCUUUGUUUGUUUUUUACCCGACUGUAGUCUUCUGUGAAGUUCUGAGAGAGCUUUCAGGAUUUAGUUUUGCACAUAGGUAUGAAUGAGACAGAGAAACAAUAAACUGAGAUAUUUAAGAGGCAAAAAUCACUGCGCGAGUGUAGCAGCGAGCAUCUAUUGCUGUGUGUCCUAACUGUCUUUCCCGGUAACACAUUCAGAGGUUCUGUAGGUCAUUUUUCCACGCUCAGUGCAGUUGCACUAAUAGGUGCUAAACGUGCUUGGAUUUCUCCUCCUCUGGAUUGUCCUGAAGUUCUCACCAGAAAGCUGUAGAAUGGAGGUUUUGCACCUUGUAAUUUUUUUAAUUUAUAAUGGUUUGUGUUAUGCUGAAGUAUCUAUUGCAUCAGUGGAUAAAUUUUGUGUGCAGUGUGAGUAUAAGCUGGUUACAAUAAGAGGCACUGGUUUGUAUAUAAAGAUAUUUGGUUUAUUUUGUAUUUCUACCUUUUUCUUGUUUACUGUACUAAUGCUAGCUGAUGUAAUCUGCAACUGUGGGGUAUAACAUGCUAUGCUUAAGCCUUUUUCGUUAACUGCAUACAUUAUCUUUAUUGUUUAAUACCAAAAAAUGCUGUAACAUCCAUCAAUAUUAGAUGUGUGGACAUGGUGGUAGGAUAGUUGCUAGUGUGUAUACUUCAUGAAUUGAAAUAUAACCUAGUAAAAUUGUAUUACUAUUUUGUUGUUUCAUUUCAUUUUAACAGUGAAUUAAAUAUUUUGCAAUACAAAA